CGACUGUUCCAUCCAACUGGUCCCAAAGAAAGCUCCUACUCGCUGCCGGCCAACCCCCGCUAGCCCAAGAAAUACUCGCUCUCACAGGAAAUCCUAAGAAACAAAGCUUGACGUGGAGCCGGCAGUUCUUCGACAGCAUGAUUCUCGCAGACCUCUUCUCCAUCAUCCUCCGCCUCACGGAACUGGCCUUUGCCGCCAUCGUGGCGGGUCUGAACGGCGACUAUCUCAGCUCGGUUCACAAUGCCGACUCGUGGCAGCUCGGGCGCCAGAUAUAUACUGAGGUCGUCGCCGGCGUGUCCAUCUUCUUCGCUAUAAUCUGGCUAUUCCCCUUCAGUGGUUCCUUCGUCCACUGGCCGGCCGACUUUGCCAUUAGCGCGGCUUGGUUUGCCGCUUUUGGGCUGCUCGUUGACUGGCUGGAUGGAAACUGCGGGUGAGCCGAGUCAUGAUUCCGUCCUCAAGAGCAGCUGUCGCAGAAGAGGCCCGGGAAAGUGCUGAUGGGUUAGACUAUAGCGAUGUAUUCGACUGGGACGGCAUCUCCUUCCGCGGAACCGCCUCGUGCUCCCAGUGGAAAACCACGAUUGCCUUCUCAUUCCUGAGCGCCCUUUG